AUGGGAAACAAGAUGAAAACAACAAAGAUGAGUAUCGUUGUUUUUGGCUCGGCCGCUGUCGGGAAGACGGCUUUGAUCCACAGAUACGUGACUGGAAAAUUUAUCGACAGAUACGACCCAACACUGGACGAGGCUUUGGUGCACAACCCGAUCGUCGACAACGUUAUCUGCCAUUUAAGCAUUCAAGACACAUGUGGUACAGACCAGUUUGAAACGGUUCGCGAGAUGUACGUGACACAAAGUGAUGGAGCACUCAUCGUGUUUUCCGCCGGACAACCAACGACAUUCAAAGACGUUCAGACGUAUUAUGAAGUCAUCAAAAGGUUUAAGGCCGAGAAGGCCAGAGUUGUUGUGUUGGUGAUGAAUAAAAUUGACCUUGAGGUUGUCGUCGAUGAAAAAGAGGUGGAGAGUUACGCACAAAGCAUUAACGCUAAAUUUGUCAAAGCUUCAGCUAAAGACAACACAAACGUCACAGAGUCAUUUGAACAAUGCAUUCGAGGUGUUCUAGAAAGGAAGCCACCAAAGAAUUCUUCGAAUGGCUUUUGUGGUAUACUUUAA